UUGAGCACAAAGCCAACGUGUAGCUGCCGUGAGACAGACGCGCCUCGGCUCCGACGCAGCAGGCGACGCUGUUUCCCACGGAUCCAGCAACUGAAGGACGAGGGGGACGCGAGGUUACGUGGGGAACAAAGCGGGGACGCACAGAAUGUGCAGCUUCGUGGCUGCAGGACGCGCCGUCAGGUGCUUCAGGGCUGCGGCCAACGCUGCCUCAGGACGCCUGCAGGCGAGCGUGGUCGUCCUGCCCAAACACCUGGCCGAUGACUUCGAGGCGUUCUGCCGCAGUAAUCCGGCCUCUCUGCCGCUGCUGUACCGCAGCCAGCCAGGAGACGCGUCCUGUCCACCUCUGGCCAGACACGGCGAUAUACGGACUGACGCGUCUCCGUACUGUGUGUUCGAGGGCGGUCGUCUGGUGAAGACGGUCGCCGGUCUGCAGAGUUACAUCGGAGCCCCCAGUUCCAGGGCUGAAUCGGAGGCUCGGCAUCGCUGGGCGGACAUGGUGUGUUUCUAUCUGGGCUGCACCCCUGGCCUCGACGGCGGGCCGACAACAGCCGGACCGCCUGUGAACGCCAGCAUGUACAGGACCUCCGUCCCGUGUGCCCGUGCGGGCGUGUUUAGUUGCCCCCUCGUGGUCACAAUGCGUCCUGUUCCAGCCGCGGCGCUGGACGCAGCAGUGGAGGCUUCAUUCCUCAACACGGGAGCUCCCGUUCACAUAGGAGACGCAGCCAUCCUGGGAAUACAAGACCUGUCCACUCCAGACUAUGGGGACCAGGCACAGCUGCAGCCUGGUGAUGUCCCUGUGUUUUGGCCGAGUGCAGCGACGGCUGUAGAGGCGAUUCUCGCCAGCAAGCCUUCGUUAGCGUUCAGUCACUCACCUGGACUCAUGCUCCCAGACUCCUCCUCCUCCACAACGACUCCUCCCAUCGACAACGACUCUCCAAGCACCAAACCAGAUCCUGAGUUGACCCCCCUCAGCUUCCUGGUGUCCCACAAUCCUUUGCUGUACAGUCUGGCAUCCAGGAGGACAGUGGCAAGGAUCCGAGAGUUGGAGAAGAUUAUCGGAGAAGACCCAGCUGAACGGGGAAUAAAGGCUUUAUUCCAACAGGACGAACUCCUUCGCUCCUGCCUGGCUCUCUCUCAUUCCUCCUCUGUUGCCAUAACAACCGGCCUCCCUACACACUACAUGCACAGCCCUCCUUAUGAGACCGAUGGCCCACCCGGCGCCGUUGCCAUGGCGACCAUGCUGUUGUCUCUAGGGAAGCAGGUGACGUUGGUGACAGACAAGAGAGCCCUGGAACUGAACCAGGCAAUCAUUGAUGAAGCCGUGAAGACGGGCGUCCUGAAGACUCACAUCCCAUUGAUCACUUUUGAAGACAACGGGCCAGACUCCGCACUGGACUUCCUGUGUCACCAUGGCGACGCCAGCCAGCCUCGGUUUGACCACCUGAUGGCGAUAGAGCGCAUCGGACGAGCUGGAGAUGGAAACUACUACAACAUGAGAGAAGUGAACAUCAAACAUUUGGUGGAUCCCAUUGAUGAUUUGUUCAUUGCAGCCAAAAACAUACGUGGAAUUGUCACAACAGGAAUCGGUGAUGGUGGUAAUGAGCUGGGCAUGGGCAAAGUGAAGGAGAAGGUGAAGAGCCUGAUGCCCAAAGGAGACCUCAUAGCCUGUGACGUCGCUGCUGACUACGCCAUCACUGCCGGAGUGUCUAACUGGGGAGGAUAUGCUGUGGCCUGUGGACUGUACCUGCUCCACACCUGCCCUUCACACAGGCGCUACCUGAAGAAGGGAGUGGGUGAGGAUGGCACUGCUCCAGAGCAGCUGCAGGACUGGACCGCUAACCUGCCGUCAGUGGACAAGGAGGAGUCCUUCCUCGCCACUCUGAUGCGCUUUGGGAUACGGAGUGGGAAAACCGCUCACCUGGCCAUGGAGGUGGAUGGUUUGACCUUUCACCCCACACAUUCUGACAUGAUCAGACGACUGCUGCAGAUCACACUGGGAUCCACCUCUGAGAACCCGUGAUCACCUCCUUCUGUCUGUUGGCAGGAGAUUUUACCUCAUACAUAAAUGACACAGAAACAAGGGCACAGCCCCACGAAUGGACCUCAUCAGUUUGGAUCUGUAAACCUGCUGUUUUCUUCCAGUGUGACCCGAAUCAUUCACUCACAGGUUUGAGUCGUUAGGCCGAGGUUGAAGAGCUUCGCCGCCUUCCAGGUAACUUCAUCAGUCUGAGGGAAGGACGCUAGAGACGAUCAGCGUCGCUUCACACUUGUUAAAUCAGUACAGAAAAUCAUUCGAUACAGGAUCAAAGUUGUCAGAACUGCAGGAGCAAAGACAAGAAUGGUUUUUAACACUGUGACAUAUGAGGUGGUAGAAUGCUCAUGUUUGAAGUGAUCUGAUGAUCACUGUGGUCACACAAUGUAGGAACCACUGCCCUUUACAGCAGUUGAUGAUCUGAGUUGGUUGUUUUUGUAUUAUUUCAUGAAACAGGAUUAAACAGUCACACAUCAUAACUGAUGAAUAGAAGCAGCUCACAUCAAUGUCCGCUGUGAGGUUGAAUCACACUGAACUGUUCUGAUGCUUUUGACAAUAAGGAAGUCUAGUAAAUAAUUCAUGGAGCAAAUUAAACGAGUGGCCAGUUUCAACAGUC